AUUUCAUGAUGAGUUCAAAAAGAGGUGCUUUAUUUUGACCUAAAUACCCUCUUUGUCUCCGCAAGCCUGCCAGUUUUCCCCUCUCAAGCCUCGCAACGCCCUCUUCUGCCCCUGUAAUUCUCCCCUCUCCCCAUCCCUACCCUUCCCUCUUUCCGAUUUUCCAUAUUACCCGCCAAACUCCCUCAUCCCUUCUCUCUCUCUCACCCUUUUCAAAUUCUCGUUACCUCCUUCAAUCUUCACUCCACUCUUGCUGUCCCCCUCUUCUCUCCGAUCAAACCCUAGUUCUUGGCUCACUUCCCAAACCCUCUUCUUCCCACUUCGAUCUGUGCUGUGCAUCUCCAUCUUCCGCCUCUGCAACCUUUUUGUCAGGCGCCCAUCUGGGUUUUGUCUCAAGUUUGGAUUUUCCGGCUGCAUUGGUUCGCAUUAUUUUGGAAUUAGGGUUUUGUGUUCGAUUUUCUGGGCUCGGCGACUUGCGUUGGAGGUUUAGCUCAAGACUGUAAGGAUCAAUGUUUCUGUGGAAAAUUUGGAGAGAUUUUGGUUAUUCUGUGGGCGGGGUGGCGCCAAUUCCCUAGGGGAAGAAGUAAUGAGACUGGUUAAAAAGAGGAUAGCCAGUCUUGGAUCUCUUUGUUACCCUUAGAAAGGUGGUAUGUUGAAGUUUGAACUAUAAAUUUAUCAUUUUUCGGGGGCUGAGGAGUUGGAAGUGUCUCGUUGUUGGUCUCUAUGAUGGCUAACCAUGAUUUGAUACUUGGGCAAAAUCACAAUCUAGCGCUUGGGCAAAACCAGCAGUUGGUGCUGGGGCAUAACCAUAAUCUGGGUCUUGGUCAGAGCCACAACUUGGAUCUGGGACAGGCACAUGAACAUGAUUUAGGUUUGGGACAGACUCAUGACCAUGAGCUUGGUUUGGGACAUGCCCAUGACCAUGACAUGGGUUUAGGACAUGCUCAUGACCAUGAAGGGGCUGAUGGCCAUAAUUAUGAACAUAGGAAUGAUUUAGCCAUGGACCAGAAACCAGAACAUGAAGACCACGAGUUGACUCCUGCACAGAAUCAUGAAUUAGCUCUAGCAGAUAACAAUGAGUUGAGUGUUUCUGAAAACCAAGAUCUUGAUGAUAAUUUGGAGCUAGCUGUAGACCACAGCCAGGAAAUGGGGAUUGAACCUGCCUCAGAUCUGGAUGUUCAGCCUCAGUAUCUCAUCCCUCCUGUUCCAGUUCUCCAGGCAAGAGCCAUUAUUCCAGCUCCUAAUUAUGAGCUGCAUGUGGGGCAAGAAUUCCCAGAUGUCAAGAGCUGUCGGAGGGCAUUGAGGGACACAGCCAUUGCUCUUCACUUUGAAAUGCAGACCAUAAAAUCUGACAAGACUCGUUUCACUGCCAAAUGUGCAAGUGAAGGAUGCCCCUGGCGCAUACAUGCUGCAAAGCUUCCAGGUGUUCCGACUUUCACUAUCAGGACAAUCCACGAGUCCCAUACAUGUGGAGGAAUUGCUCAUCUUGGCCAUCAGCAAGCAUCGGUUCAGUGGGUUGCAACUAAUGUGGAGCAACGGCUUAGGGAAAAUCCAAACUACAAGCCAAAGGAGAUCUUGGAAGAAAUUCAUCGGGUUCAUGGUAUCACUUUGUCAUACAAGCAAGCAUGGCGGGGCAAGGAGCGGAUCAUGGCCGCUAUGCGUGGAUCCUUUGAAGAAGGUUAUCGAUUGCUUCCACAAUACUGCGAUCAAGUUAAAAGGACAAACCCAGGAAGCAUUGCAUCUGUUUAUGGCAAUCCAGUGGAUAACUGCUUUCAACGUCUCUUCAUUUCUUUUCAGGCAUCAAUAUAUGGUUUUCUGAAUGCUUGUCGUCCACUGCUUGGGCUUGAUAGGACAUUUUUGAAAAGCAAAUACCUUGGUACUUUGCUUUUGGCUACAGGUUUUGAUGGGGAUGGUGCCUUGUUUCCAUUGGCAUUUGGUGUUGUUGAUGAGGAAAAUGAUGAUAACUGGAUGUGGUUUUUAUCUGAACUUCAUAAUCUGCUUGAGAUUAAUACAGAGAACAUGCCGAGGCUCACAAUUUUGUCAGACAGGCAGAAGGGCAUUGUGGAUGGAGUGGAGGCAAAUUUUCCUACUGCUUUUCAUGGAUUUUGCAUGAGGCACUUGAGUGAUAGCUUCCGUAAGGAGUUUAAUAACACAAUGCUUGUCAAUCUCUUAUGGGAAGCUGCUCAUGCUCUAACAGUAAUUGAAUUUGAAGCAAAAAUCUUAGAGAUUGAAGAGAUAUCACAAGAUGCUGCAUAUUGGAUUAGACGAAUUCCACCUCGGUUGUGGGCUACAGCUUAUUUUGAAGGGACAAGAUUUGGACAUUUGACAGCUAACAUAGUUGAAUCAUUAAAUACUUGGAUUCUUGAAGCCUCUGGGCUUCCAAUAAUUCAAAUGAUGGAAUGUAUUCGGAGGCAGCUAAUGACUUGGUUUAAUGAACGCCGUGAAACAAGUAUGCAGUGGACAUCGAUACUUGUUCCUUCUGCUGAGAGGCGUGUUGCAGAGGCUCUUGAUCGUGCACGCACUUAUCAGGUGCUUCGUGCUAAUGAAGCUGAAUUCGAAGUUAUAUCUCAUGAAGGAACAAAUAUUGUGGAUAUUCGGAACCGUUGCUGCCUCUGUCGGGGCUGGCAGUUGUAUGGGUUGCCCUGUGCACACGCUGUGGCAGCACUUCUCUCUUGCAGGCAGAAUGUCCAUCGAUUUACUGAGAGCUGUUUCACUGUUGCAACCUAUAGGAAGACAUACUCACAAACUAUUCAUCCAAUUCCGGAUAAAACUCUAUGGAAGGAAUUAUCUGAGGGGGAUCCAAAUGUAAGCAAAGCUGUUGAGAUAAUUAUUAAUCCACCCAAAUCUCUUCGUCCCCCUGGACGUCCAAGAAAGAAGAGAGUUCGAGCAGAAGACCGUGGCCGUGUGAAGCGAGUAGUGCACUGUAGCCGUUGCAAUCAGACAGGUCAUUUUAGAACAACAUGUGCAGCACCCAUCUAGGUCUUCACUGCUUUCAAAUUUGGGCAUUCCCCUUUCAUGUGCAAAGAAAGUAUUUCUCAAUAUUCUCUGUUAUUCUUAUUAGUUAGAUGUGCGAGGUAAUGCUGUAUUUUAUUUUUCGUAGACAUUAAGUGCACCAUUAGCUAUUAUAAAUGAAGAUUCACCUCAAUAAUACUAUUUCAUGGAGGAUUAUGAUCA